AUGCCUUUUAAUAAAUAUGUCAUACUCAUAUACUUUAUAUUAUUACUAAAUAUUAAUUUAUUCAAAAAAAAAAAAUUCAAUACUACUACAAGAGUUGGUAAUUGUUUUAUAAUAUAUGAUAAGAAUAUUAAAUUGAAUAAAAUAGAAUAUAUAAAAAAGAAUAAUAUAUUACAAAAGGAGAAAUAUGUUUUUAAUAAUAUUUUGUUAGGAACAAAUAUAGAUAAGAAAAAAAAGAAUCUAUUAAAAUUAUUGUAUAAUAGUAGUAAGUUAAAGACAACGGGGUGUCAAGGAAAAUAUAAAAACAGAAAAUGCUAUUCUUAUUUAAUAAAUAAUAGGCGUAUAAAUACAGUAGAAUGUUUACGUAAAGUAUUAAAUAAGAGUAAUUAUAAAAUAGUAUCGAAAAUUUUCAAGAAAAACAAUGUAAAGACUUAUAUGGACAAUUCAAAUAUUAAUGAUAGUGAUAUAAUAAAUUUAUUAAAAUUAAAUGGAAAGGAAAAGAAUAUGGAUUAUAGUAAAAUAGGUAAAUGUAUAAAUACUAAAAAUGAGGAAGGAGACAAGGAAUUCAUGUCACAUAAAAUGAACGAUAUGAUAAAUAAUUUAAAUGAUGAUCCUAUGAAAAUUAUGAAUCCUCUAGAUAUUACUCAACUGAACUUUUUUAGAGAUGGAAAUUCCAAAAAAAAAGAAAAAAUUAUUAUAAUUAUAGGUGUUACAUGUAGUGGUAAAACCAAAUUUAGUAUAGAUUUAUCUGAACAAUUAAUGAAAUAUAAAAUAAAAAGUGAAAUUAUUAGUGCAGAUUCUAUGCAAGUGUAUCAAAAUUUCAAUGUAGGUAUAGCUAAAGUCGAAGAAGAAGAAAUGAAGGAUGUGAAACAUCAUCUUCUAGAUGUAUGUCAUCCUAAUGACACCUUUAAUGCUCACAAGUAUAUAAAUUAUACUAUACCCCUUAUUAAAAAUAUGAACCAAAAUAAUAAAAUUCCGAUUAUUGCUGGUGGAACCUUGUUAUAUAUUGAAUCCUUAUUAUGGGAAUCAGUAAUUGAUAUAAAAAAAGAAGAAGAAAAAAAAAAAGAGGAAACACAUAAUGGGGAAAUAAUUAAAAAAGAACAUGAAUAUUUAGAUGAACAUUUAAAAUUAAAUAACGAUAUCAAAUGCAAUGUUGAAAGAAAUGAUGAUAUGGUAGAAUUAGAUAAAUAUGAACAUAAAACAAAUGAGGAACUUUAUGAAGAAUUAAAAAAUAUUGAUGAAGAAAGAGCUAAUCAAUUACAUAAAAAUGAUAGAAAACGUGUAUGUAGAAGUUUAGAUAUUUUUUAUACAUAUAAUAAAAAACAUAGUGAUUUAAUAAAAAUAAAAAAUCAUAAAAAUAAUAAUAUAGAUAAAAUGAGAUUCUUUCCAUGUAUAUUUUAUUUAGAUUAUAAUGAUGACGACCUUUUAAAAAUGAAAAUAAAAAAUCGUGUUGAUUUAAUGAUAUCUAAGGGAUUGUUAGAUGAAGCCAUCAAAUUAAAACAGAUAAACAAUGAUAGAAAUUUAAAUUUCCCUACAAAAGGAAUUAAUCAAAGUAUUGCUUAUAAAGAAUUUGAUGAAUAUAUUAAAAAAAAAAUGGAUAACAUAGAUGAUCAAAAAUUAUUCGAAAAAUGUAAAGACAAUUUAAUACGAAGAACAUAUAAAUAUGCAAAAAAACAAAGAAGAUGGAUAUCAAACAGAUUUGUAAAAGUUUACAACGUUGAAUUGAAUAAAAUAGAUGUCUCAAAUAAUUACGAGAAACAGUUAAAUGAUGCUAUAGG